AUGGUCAAACCACUAACGUUUAAGGGCGACAAGAAAACCAAAAAGCGGAAGCGCCUAGAUGUGGAAGAUAAGUUUGGCGAUGGCGACGGCGAAGGAUCAACAUCAACAGGGAAAGAAGUCGCAGCUUCAAAGCCUCCAGGUGCAGACGCUCCUGUUGACGAUGAUAGCUGGGUCACCGCCGAAGCGUCAGGAGAUGUUAUAGGGCCGAUCAUAUUCGUUCUACCAUCUGAUACGCCGUCAUGUAUGGCUUGCGAUUCGACAGGGAAGGUUUUUGCCAGUGCGCUCGAGAAUAUGAUCGAGAAUGAUCCCUCAACGGCGGAACCCCACGAUGUGAGGCAGGUUUGGGUUGCCAAUAAAGUAUUUGGCACCGAGACUUACACGUUCAAAGGACAUCAUGGCAAGUAUCUGAGUUGCGACAAAUACGGCAUCCUGUCCGCCACCACUGAAGCUGUCUCGCCACUCGAAUCCUUCAAUUGCAUACCGACCGCCGAUACACCUGGUACGUUCCAGAUACAGACCUUUCGGGAUACAUUCUUGACCAUCAAACCACCUACGUCGUCCAAGUCGACCGCGCUUCCGGAAACACGUGGCGAUGGAGAGGCGAUUACAUUCAACACGACGCUGCGGAUACGAAUGCAAGCAAGAUUCAAGCCAAAAUUAAAGGCUUCGAAAGAGGAAAAGGCACGAGAGAAGAUUAGCCGGAAAGAACUUGAAGAAGCUGUGGGACGAAGAUUGGAGGAUGACGAGGUCAGACGACUAAAGAAGGCGAGGCGGGAGGGAGAUUACCAUGAGCAACUGUUACUGAUCAAGGUCAAGAAUAAACACGACAAAUAUAGCUAA